AUGGUCGAGAUCAUGAAGAUCAAUCACAACUGGGAGGUGGUGUACCAGGACACCAGCGUGGAUGGGGUGGUGGGCAACGCUGUGAUCCUGGAGUGUGGUGCCACCUUACCUGACAUGUACAUAUGGAGCUUCACUAAGCCGGGCACUGAAGCUAUAAAGGCUGUGGUGUAUAAUUUAGGUAAAGGAACCAGGAUCCAGAAGCUGGCUGAAACACUUGGAAAGGUCAGCCUCAUCUCCAACAGCGCGGCUGUUAGCAUCGAGAACCUGCUUGUGGCGGCUCAUGGUCUGUUCACCUGCCAAGCCUUCUACGACAUCACGCGAGAGCCCAAAGUCUACUACUACUACGUGCAUCUCAAUGUCCAAAUUCCAGUCACAAAGCCUUUCCUCCUGGUGAGUGAUGUCUCUCCAGUGGAGGGAUCUACUAUAUGGAUGCGCUGCAACCUGGAAAACGGGACAGGACCAGUCCAGUAUAUGUGGCAACAUGAACCUCGUGGUGGCAACAUCACAACCUUUGCAUACAGUGACACCAACAUUAUCAACGUGACAAAUGUCAACCGUAACCACACGGGCUUCUACCGCUGUGUGGCAAGCAACGCUGUCAACAGCAAGGGCUCCAACAGAUUACUGCUGGAAACCAUCUUUGGCCCAGACAUCCCUCAGAUAGACGUGUCUCCGUACACGAUAACAGAGCGGGGAUAUUCAGCUGUGGAGAGAGGGACAGUCUCUUUACUGUGUCAAGCCCAGUCUAACCCGGCCAGUCAGUACGUCUGGUUCCACAAUAACUCCCAGGUCUACGCUGGGUCACAUUACACCAUCACCAGGAUCUUCCGCAUGCACACCGGCGACUACGCCUGCUUGGCGCAGAACACCUACCUCAACACCCGCUCCAAAAAAACCAUCAGCCUGACUGUCUACUACCCACCGGAUGGCUCCCCAUCUUGUUCUGUGGAGCCAGCUCUGAAUCACACCGCUCUGAGACUGCUCUGCUCUUGGCCUGGUGGAUUUCCUUCCCCCUCCCUCAGCUGGACCGGAGAUUUACAGCGACUGGCACAAAAUGAGACUGACACGGAGCAGCAAACAAAUCCACUGACCAACACUGCCAUCUUGCUGCGAUCAAAAGACUUGUCCUCUAACAACAGUUUGUUCUCAUGCAUUGGCUCCCAUAUAGCACUGAAACAACCACUUGGGUGCAGCACACGCUCAUAUAUUCCCCCAGCAGAGCCGGUGUGCUUUGCUUAUGUGACCAACAACAGAAAGUACCUGCUACUGUCCUGCUCCUGGGAUGGGGGCACUCCAAAAGCCUUAGUGUGGUGGGAAGGCCCGGGGGGACAGGGAAAAGGUGGGGAAGAAAACUCAAACAUCUUGAUCCUUCGUUAUGGCACUGCUCAAGGAGGUCUACCCUACACCUGCCAUGCAAGGCAUCCACUUCUGGCCCAAACUAAGACCUGCAGACUCACACUGGAGGCUCCCAUACUGCUGACGCAGCGUAGGGUGGUCUCUGUGUAUGAGGGGAGUGACGUCCAGCUCACCUGUAACCUCAGGGCCAACUACCUCCCAGCCAGUGAAAUCGCCUGGUUUAACAAUCAGGGUGUAAACGUCCAAGAUACUUCCAAGUACAAGCUGCAGCGCACAUCUGCAUGGGCAAAUCUGACUGUGAAAGACACACAUGAGAGAGAAGACAGCGGUGAAUACAGAUGCUCCACUUCCAACGCAGUGGGAGGGACUGAAGUCAAUGUCACUUUAGUGGUCAAACGACACCCAAUGCCACCCAACGUGACCCUGGUAAAAGUGGCAUACAACAGCCUACAGCGCACAGAGGUGGAGCUGGAGUGGAAGGUAGAGAGUGAAGAAGAAAAAGGCUGGACAGGUUUCAUCCUGGAGCACCAAUGGAUGUCAGAGCGACCAGGAAGGAGAGGCAGCAACAAUGACACAAAUGCAGAGACAAAGGACAAGAUUGGCCCACCGGUCUGGUAUCGAAACUUCAUCCAAGACCCAGAACUCAGGACUCACACAGUGGGAAAGCUGACACCAACCGAGACUUACCAGUUCCGUGUCACACCUAUGAACCACCGCACCAUUGGCCACCCUUCUUCAGCAAAGUCUCCAGCGGAACCCAGCUCCAACGUGCUCCCUGCUGUGAUUGGAGCAGCUUUAGGUGGGAUGCUUGUGGCAGCUUUCCUCACAGUGCUGCUUCUCAUCUUCAUAAUCCGCAACCGCAACAACAAUCCCCGACUACAUGACUUGCUGUUCGGUUUGCAGCACAGUCAGUCGAGGGAAAAUAUCAACUUCCCAGAGGAUGAAGUGGUGGCCGGGACAGAGGGGGGAACAGAGGAGAUUGGUGCAUCAUCCAGUCCAGGUCCAAGCAUGGCUUUACCACGGGCAUCUUCACCCCUCACCACUGCACAAGCCCCGCCUCCUGGAGAUGACAAUGAGCCUGUAAACGUCACCAUCACAGUCCAGGCUACCGGCUCAUAG